AUGCAUCGUAGUCUUUACUUCAAGGACGCGCCAUUAGGUUCUUAUAAGCUGAGCAUCGAGGAUGAUAAACCAGUGAAGAAACUAUCAAAAGGCGAAGAUUUGCUCGAGUUGCUUGAUGAGGCCGCGAAAAGACCGUCAACUGCGAAAAGGCAACAAUCUUCAGGCUCACGAGCUGGCGGCAUUCCGACGAAUGGCGCUCGCCUAAGGAAACCAUCAGCGAAACGUAAUGCCUAA